GUUAACGAAAGAAACAUUCAGUUUGUUUGCCAAACAUUUAAAUUUAAUUUUUCUAAACUAUAGUUUGAAUUAUUAUUAGAUUUAAGUCAAGACUUAAGUCUAUUUAUAAUCAAAUCUUCGGAGAAAAUAUGAGUUUAAAUGAAUGUUCCGGUAAUCAAAUUGAGGGCUCAAACAACAACGAGGGAGAUUGUCAAACUAUUGAAGAGUCGAUUAAUUUGGUAAACGAAGCCAUAGAUAAUGCCAUUGAAAGCAAUGGACUCGAGAGUGCCGUUCAAAUGCUCGAACCAUACGCUCAUAAAAGCUUAUAUCACAGCGCCUUCCGAUCCAUACUUAUUAUAUUGAAAGCCGGACUCACUCUCAAAAAGGAUGAUUUGGAGAAAGCGUCUGAAGUCACAGAACAAACCGCUAAACUCAGCAAUAAAUACAGAAGGACUGGCUUUUUAAAUAAUUUAGUUAAAUUGUUUAAAACACCAAAUUAUGACAAAUAUACUGAUUUGGAAAUACACGCAGAGCUAACUUAUGCCAAAUUCUUGGGUAUGAGCGCUAUAUUGUGUGCAUUGGAGGCACAGAAUAUCUACGCUCUCAUCAAAAUUGCAUAUCGUUUGCGAUUAUGUGUCAGUGCUUUCAAGGAAUGCAAAACAAUACUGAGAAACCGAUCCAUUUGGGAGUCGGAAACAUCAAAACAACACUUCGAGGCCGGCGUACGGCUAGCAAAUGGCAUACAGCACCUGACCAUCAGUCAUAUCCCACCA